CAAGCGAACAGUCGGUCUCGACAACUGUACGACCACCUUUCAUCACAUACAUCUUCUGCCAAUUCAUACAGUACCACGACCAUGGCACAGACUUCACUUCCUUCCCGCGGCGGUUUUGAUCCAAAGGCCGCUGCCGUCUACACUCCUCGCAAAGUUGGAGCCCCACACACUCUUGAGCACAGAAUCUACAUUGAGAAGAAUGGCGUUCCUGUCUCGCCUUUCCACGAUAUCCCUCUGUAUGCCAACGAGCAGCAGACUAUCCUGAACAUGGUCGUUGAGAUCCCACGCUGGACCAAUGCCAAGCAAGAGAUCUCCAAGGACGAGGAGCUCAACCCAAUCAAGCAAGAUACCAAGAAGGGCAAGCUGCGAUUCGUCCGCAACUGCUUCCCACACAAGGGCUACCUCUGGAACUACGGCGCAUUCCCACAGACAUGGGAAGACCCAAAUGUCACUCACCCAGAGACCAAGCAGAAGGGUGACAACGACCCACUUGAUGUCUGCGAGAUUGGUGAACUGGUUGCCAAGCCAGGUGAGGUCAAGCAGGUCAAAGUCCUCGGUGUCAUGGCUCUCCUUGACGAGGGCGAGACCGACUGGAAGAUCAUUGUCAUUGACGUGAACGACCCGCUUGCCCCCAAGCUUAACGAUAUUGAGGAUGUCGAGCGUCACCUUCCAGGCCUUCUCCGCGCUACGAACGAGUGGUUCCGCAUCUACAAGAUCCCAGAUGGCAAGCCAGAGAACCAGUUCGCUUUCUCCGGCGAGUGCAAGAAUAGGAAGUACGCCAUGGAUAUCGUUCGCGAGUGUGCUGAGGCUUGGGAGAAGCUCAUCACUGGAAAGACUCCAAAGGGAGAAAUCAACCUCACCAACGUCUCUGUGCCACACAGCCAGGACCGUGUCGACCCAUCCAAGCUGAACAUUCCAGCUCACGAGGAGAAGGCACCAGCACCAAUUGACCCAUCUAUUGACAAGUGGUUCUACAUUUCUGGAGCUUCUGCGUAAGGCAGAUCUCCGUAGUGUACAGCCAUGCUAAUGUCGUGGAGCAAUAGGUCUUGGUUUUCGCCGGACUUGUUGAGAGAGGUUCUCAAAGCGAUGUUUCCUCACCUAAUCAAAAGAAAAGAAGACUCGGAACGUAUUAAACGUUACAAAAUGCAUGUACUAGAGAUGCGGAUGCGGAAUGAACUUGCAGGUGAUGAUGUUGUCAGUGAUGAUACAAGCAUAGAAAGUGAUCAUGAAAGAAUAGCAUGUCUACCAUGCAAUUUGACAUGAGCGCUGGACCCUCAUGCUAGCAUAUCGGUCGAUAAGUGUCUAUAAUCUUGACCGCCAG